UUUUAAACAGCCUUCUAGUUCAGGGGGGCUUUUUAAAUCUAAUUAUGAUCUAUUUUAUUGUACUAGCACUCUGUUGUAGUUUUUUCUCUAGCAGAGCCACACCUCUUCCAUUUGAGUUUUCAGACUGUGACGAUCCUGAUGUCUUUAAAGCUGUCGACGCAGCACUGAAGAAAUACAAUGGAGACAGAGCAACUGGUAAUCAAUUUGCUCUAUACAUGGUGAUGGAAGCCAAGAAAACUGCGGGUCCUGACGCUCAAUUCCAUGUGAAAUAUCAAAUACGAGAAACCACUUGUGCCGCUGAGGAAAACAAACUCUGGCAAGACUGUGAUUACAAAGUAUCUGCAGAUGCUAAAACAGGAGAAUGCACAGCUCAAGUUCACAUGAAUAAUGCUGAAAAAACAAGUAAUGUUUCACAAGACUGCAAAAUCUUUCCAGAUAUGCCAAAGAUAACACUUACUCAGGCUACAUGUCUUGGAUGCUUUCAUCCUAUAUCAAGUGACAGUUCAGUAGUGUCAGAAAUUCUGAAACAAGCCAUUCAGAAGUUUAACAAGCACAGUGCUGAACCUGCCCUUUUUAAGCUUGUGGAAAUAAAAGAAGCUAAAAGACAGACGGUAGCUGGAUGGAAUUAUGCAAUUAAAUAUGAAAUUGAGGAGACUAAUUGCUCCAAAGACCAAUUUCAAGAUUUAACUCCAGAGUGCAAAACCACUUCCAGAGGUCGUGUAGGUAUAUGUGAUGCCAAAGCAUAUCAAAGUCUUCAGGCAGUGAUUGUGGAUAUUGCAAGCCAGUGCAAGCUUCCAGUUGAAGAGACAGUAAUUCCUGCCACUCAAACUGGUUGUCCGAAGACUGUCCCAAAAGACAGCCCAGAACUGAAGGAACUACUGAAGGUUUCCAUGGAGAAGUAUAAUUCAGAAAGCAAUGAUGAUUUCUACUACAAAAGUGGAGAAAUAGAAGCAGCGACAGUUCAGGUGGUUGCAGGACAAAAAUACCAUUUAACAUUUGCAGUCCGGAAGACAAACUGCUCAAAGUCAGAAUUUGAAAAAAUUAAUGAAGACUGUGAAGCCACAUCAGACAGUGUACCAUUGUCAUGUGAAGCACAAAUUCAUGUGAUCCCAUGGGAGAAUAAAAUCUUUCCCCAGGUUAACUGCUCCAAAGAACGGUCAAUGGCUGUAUUACUAAGAAGGCCUCCUGGAUUCACACCUUUCCGAAGUCUUGUUAUGCUAAAUCAGCCAAAUGAAAUUUCAUGCUCUGAUAAAAAUGAAGAAGAAAAGCAAAGACCUGAUAAAGAAACAAGAGAAGAUGAGCAAAGACCUGAUAAAGAAACAAGAGAAGAUGGUGGCCAGGAACCAGAAGGUGAAGGCAAACCUGAGCAUAAACACAAGCAUAAACAUGGGCAUGAACAUGGGCAGAAAAAGGAUCAUGAGUCUGACAGAAGGCAUAGGCAUCAAAAUGGUUGUAGACACAGAACUGGUCAUGGGUGUGGGCAUAAAAAACACAGUAAAAAUCGUAAACAUAAACAUCCAAACCACAAAUCUUCUGAGGAGUCCAAUGAAAGUGGUUUUAACCAAAACAAAACCCUCCCAUCAUCCAGUGCUGAAACAGCAUCAGAGAUAGUAAACCCAGGGGUUGCAAGAAAGGAAACCAGUACACCUGCAGAACCACUAAUUCUUCUGGAUACUUCUUCAUUUAAUGGGUUGCCAGAUCACCCAGAAUCUCCUCUCCCCAGAUGCCCUGGAAAACCAUGGAAAGAAAUUAUGGACAUUCCAGCUCCUUCUGGCUUUCCCAGAGAAUUCACAAAUGAGGCUCUCUUGCCUUCUGCUGUAGAAAACAGCAAUCCAGCCACAGAAAAUUCAACACCUUCCCAAAAUGAAAUGAAAGACCUUGAUCUCUCAGAUGCUUUACUAUAA